CUCGUGCGCGCGCCGCGGACCCAACCGCUUCGAAAUUCGAACGUUACGUUCCAUUUUUGAAUUCAGUGCCAGUGGUUAAGGAUUUUGUGCCAGUAUUUUGUGUGACUUUUUAAAAAGGUCGUGUUGUGCCAUCAGUGUCGUAUGUCACUAACGAAACUAUAACGAAUAUUUGUGUAAAGUGGAGCCGUUCAUUUAUUUGUGAAGUGCUUACCAACAGUUGGGCAAAGCUCAAUCAAUUCUGGUACAUCCUUGAUGUCAUUCCGCUCCAAGAGUGAUGGAUAGUCACAGCAGAUCGGCGUCGCCGCGCGACGCGCCGCGGCCGCAGCACCGUCCCCCCUCGCCCCCCGCCUCCCCCACAUCCCUCACUCCCCCCGCCGGCUACGACAACCGCGCCUACCAGCCCGACGACAACCACAACGCGUCCUUCGCGUCCAACGGCAACGGUCACGCCAAAGAACCCAACGGGGACACCAAGACCCUCGAAGCCGUUAACUUGGAGCUCAUCAACAUGACGCCAAAGAACGGCAAGAAGAAGGACGUGGAGGUCGACAUGAACGCCACCAACCCCUACGAUGAGUACUUCGUGCCGGUCAACGAGCAUAAGAAGUAUAUGAGGGGCGAGAAGUUGUACUUGACCGCGGACAAGCGUGGCGAGAAGGGUGGCUGCAAGCGGCCGCUGUGCUGGACGCUGCUCGGGCUGGUCGUCAUUGCUAUUGUGGCACUCAUAGUGUUAGCUGCAACUGGAGUACUUUUCGCCAGCACACCGAAAACACUAGAGCAAUACAACGCCUCUUUGAGCUCGGCGCGGGCGUUCGGCGGUCUCUUGCAUGACCACGAACAUGAUCACAGUGAUCACGACCACAGCGCCCACGAUCAUGAUCACAGCGCGCACGAUCACAGUGACCACGAUCAUGAAAACGAUACCAACGACCUGCCUCAUGAUGGACAAGAAGCAACCACUGAAAUGGCCCAAAACGAUAUGGGUACCGACCACCAAAACGAACAUGAUCAUCCAGUAAUGAAUGAUGAAUCGGGCGAUAUGUAUGUGCCUAGAACGCUGGAAGGAGAGCUGACGAUCGACAAUAAGGACUUUGUACCCGCUUUGGAAGAUCCUGAUAGCGAAGGAUACAGAGAAUUCGCCGAAAACUUCAAGGAGGCUUUAAAGAAUAGCCUUUUCGACAGGAAUAUGCUAGAAAAUGGUUCUGAUGACGUAUCCAUAGAGAUUGUACAGAUAAGAAAUGGUUCAGUCAUCGUUACAUACAGAGUACACUGGAAGCCAAAACGCAAUGAAGGCACCUCAGAAGAUUUGUUGACAGCCGAAACAUUAAAAGCAAACCUCGAUAACUAUCUAGAACAAAAUAGCAGAAUGAUAAGCGUGUAUCACAUUGCAGAAGAUAAAACACCAACCAAGCCAGUUAUUGAUUUAUGUAAAAUAAACAACAACGGUUGUGAACAUAUUUGUGAAUUCGACGAGUCAACUCUUGAGUUCAUCUGCCUGUGUCCACGUGGACAAAUACAAGAUCCAAACUCACCUAAGCUUUGUGUACCUUUGUUAGAGGAAAACCCAACAAUGCCCGAAGACCACGAUCAUGAUCAUCAACUACACCUUCAUGAGUCUGCGCCUAAAGCAGAACCCGAACCUGAACCUACAUCGGAACCUAAUUCUGAACCAAAAGCGGAGCCAGAACCAGAACCUGUUUCGGAACCAAAGCCCGAAACCAAAGUAGAAGUGGAACCUAUAUCAGAACCCAAACCCGAACCAAAUCCAGAACCUGAACCAACAUCCGAACCCGAACCUGAACCAAAAUCAGAGCCAAGUCCGGAACCCACAUCUGAACCCGAGACCGAACCCAAAGCGGAGCCUGUUCCAGAACCGGAGCCUGAGCCCGAACCAAAAGCAGAACCAGAACCUGAACCAACAUCCGAACCCGAGCCUGAACCUAAAGUGGAACCUGAGCCAAUACCUGAGCAAAAAAUAGAACCUGAAAUGGAACCUACUUCUGAGCCUAAAUCUGAACCAGAACCAACAGCAGAACCUGAAGCUGAAACUCAAUCGGAACCUAAAACUUCUGAACCAAAAGCAGAGCCUGGAAUAGAAACAUUAACACAAAUAAUAAAAACUGAAUCUGAAAUGAAAUCAUUUUUAGAAACGACACCUGAACCUGAGCCUAAACCUGAAACAGAAUCCAAAAUAGAACUUGAAACUAAACCUGCGUUAGAGAUGUCUCCCGAACCUACUACUACAUCAAAGUCGAGUCAAGAACCAGAGGUAAUUCUAUCAGAACAAACACCUAUGCCCGAAACAAUAUUAUAUUCUUUGAACAAACCUGAAACUUCUUCGGAAAAGCAGGAAAAUUCAUCAAAUGAAAACAUGUCUAACCAAGAGCACAGUAUGUCGGAAAUUGCAGACAAGAUGAUGGAAAUUUCUACAAUACAAAAUACGAGUAGUGAAUCGAACGAUAGUCUUAAGUUUGACCAAAAUAUAAAACUUGUUAGCGAUACUUCUAAAACGGAAGAAAACCUUUUACCAGUUACAGUUAUCCCUACAUAUUAUACUGAAUCAAGUAGCGCAUCAAGUAAAAAAAUAGUAGAUGGCACAAUGGAAAAUCCUGAAUCAAGGUCAAAAACGAUUCAAGAGCCAAUAUUCAAUCUAGACCAUAUGAACAGCGAAGAAUAUACCACAAUGGAGGCAAUAAUAAAUCAAAAUGAUGAAAGUAGUAAUAAAAACAUGUUUUCGGUAAAAGAAGUUUUGCCAAAUAACGAAUACCAAAGUGGUGAAACUAAAGAAGUAGUCACAUCGCAACCAUCAGAAAUUGAACACCAAAUGGCAACCGAGCACUCGAAUAUAAAAAAUAAUUCAGAAAACGCAAACAUUUUUGAGUCACCUUUAGAUCAAGAAUCGGAUGAAAAUGACUGGCUUCAAAAUGAUAAAGAGAUUGUUGAAUUACCAAACAAUGAAGGCAAUAAAAAGGAGGAUAUGGAAAUGAAGAAUAUGCAAAGUUCUCAAGAAAAAGAACAAAGAGCUUCUAAAUCAUUUAAUUCAUUUGAGUCAGAAGUGACUACGGAGGACGCGCAAAAUAAUAUUGACGAUGAAAACAUAACCUUAGAUUAUGUUAAAAAAAUAUACAGUUCUUUGGGUCAUGAUUUCAAUUCUGAAUCAAACGUAGAAAAAGAAAUUACAGGUUCUUCCUUACCUACAAAUCAUAACGCUAUGAUGACAAAUGAUGAAAAUAAAAACAUGAUGCCUAUUGAAGAGACCGAAAACGACGUGACUGAUAAAAAUGAUUCUACUAUCGAAGACGAAGAACCUAAUCCGACAACAGAAUCGAGUAAAUUUAAAUUUAUUAGUACCUAUCAACCCGCUACAAUGUCUUCACCCAAAGAUAAUACACGAGAUGAAACUCACAUAGAUAAAACUGAUUUAAAUUCUUCUGAAAAAAAUGACGAAUCAAGUCAUGAAACACCUGAAAACACUACAGAAAAUAAUAUGAACGUAGCAGAUGAAAACAAAAUGAUAACAGAUGAAAAAACAUCGGAUACUCAACGUUCUGCUGAUGCAUCAACAGAGAGAGAAUUUAAUAAUGUUAACAUUUUAAGUGACGAUUCAUCUCAAAUUUCCAGUAAGAUCUUUACAAAUAUUAUGCAGAACAGCAACUUUGAAAGCAUGAAAGAUAUCACAGAAACAUCUACAGAUUCUGAUUGGUUAUCACAACCCGCAACUGAAGCUAAUGAUAAUAUCAUGAUAAAUAAAAUGGAAAGCUCUGAAGUAAAAGAAGAAGAAAACCCAGUUAAUUUACAAGAAAUGAUGAAUUCUGAAAUAAAAAAUGAUUUUGAACCUGAUUACUUAAGUAACUUUGAAACGAAAUCUAAAGAACUGAAUAAUCAGGAUGAAUCUAUCAGCGGAAUGACAAAUGAAUAUGAGGAUAAUAAAUCAAAAGAAGGAAUUCUCUCCCAAAAACAUCAAGAAGAUCGUUCUUUGGCUCACGAAAUGAAAGACCAAAACACAGAUAGCAACGUUGAAAUGACGACAGUCAUUAAUUACAUUUACAGACAAUCAGAGAAAAACAAACUGAUGGAAAAUUUAAACCAUGAACAAGGCAUAAUAUAUGCAACGCCAGUAUCAUCAACUGAUGAAAUAUUUCCAAAUGCUAUGUAUAAUGAAACACAAGAAAAUGUAAACGAUUCUAACGGUAACACAGAUUUACGAGUAAAUGUUUAUGAACUAUCUAGUCACAACGACAGUCAAAGCUCUGGAAGACGGGUUGUAAAUCAUCAUUCAACCGAGUAUGAAGAUCAUGAAACUGAAAUGAAUCCAUUUUUACCUGACAUAGAAAAUAAUAAGGUUCUCGUUAAAAAAUUACAGGAAGGCAAUGACAUAGAGCUUGUCAAUGUAAACGAAACGCAAAAUGAAAACGUUGAUGAUCAUAAUGCACAUGGAGUCUUAAACACCACUCAAAGCAGUGAAGCGAAUAUCAAAUAUAACAUAAAUUCGAAUUCACAAGAGAGUCACUCGACCUCAGAUUCGUUCAAUGAAUUUUCGGGUAUGCAGGAUGGCGGACAUGCUACACAAACAAUGAACAGUAACGCAAGUCCUGUAUCGAGCUUUGAAGAUACAACUGAGUCCCGAGAGUACUUGCAGUAUAAGGGUAGUCGGGAAUUACCAGAGACACCAACGUUUUUAUUGGACACCGACGAUUUAGACUCGAGAACUGCUAAAAGCCAUUCCUCCAACAUUUUAAAUUAUAACGAUAAUGAAUCUCUAAGAGUAGUUCCUAUUGAGGGUGAUGAAAGUCAGUUUAGUAAAGAAAACCUUCAAAAUAAUUUAAAUGAUAUAAGUGACUCACGAAAGAAGAGUGACAGGCGGAUAGAUUUAAGUCAAGGGGAGUUCGUUAACAGCAAUGAAGCGUAAAAUAUUUAAUUUGAAGACUUUCAAGUGUGUAUAUUAUUCAAAUUACUGUGAUUCUGUGGACUUUUUCAUAGGCUAAUAAUAAAUAUCUUAAACGUACUAUAUUUGUGAAUGGUAAAGAAUAUACAGGCUCAAGUUCUUCUGAUUACUAAUCUAAAUGCUAAAGAUAUGUUACUAAUAAUAAUGAUUAUGAAUUUAAAUCUAUUAGACUAGUCAAAUUAGAAAAAGGGAAAUCAGUAUCAGAUAUUUAAAGUGGUUUACCUAAGACUCAAUGUAAGUGAAGAACGAUAGGAAUAUUUAGCUCGUCUUUCAACUGUUUUAAUAAUGUAACUUUUCUCUUUGAUAACUUAUAAAUAAAUGCUGUGUGAAAUGGCCAUCUAGAUGAGAGAGAGAACAGAGUCAUAGAAGACGAAGUAACGAGUUGGACUCUUAUAGUAAGAUUAAGUCCAUAUUAGAUAACUGAUAAGUAUUAUCCGAAAAAAUAGGUCAAUCAACGUAGACCAAAAAUUGCGUAGACAUAAUACAGACCUAUGAAAAGUAUUUAAGAUAUUUUAUAAAUGACGCAACGAUAUUUUCUUGUUACCAAAAUACUAAUCAUAUGUUUCACUCAUUGCCAGCGUAUUAUUGGAAGUAAGUCAGCACAAACAUACACGACAGAUAUAGAGUACAGACAUAACACUUCCAUAAUAUUAAUUUAAAUAAUUCAGAAUAAGGUCUGAUUGUAAAAUAAUAAUUAAUUUUAGUACGUACUUGUUAACUAAGAUUUAUUUUGUAUAAUAUGGUUGAAACUGUAAAGAAAUAUGUUGUAAAUAAAUAUCAAGUUAAUUAUA